GCGGCUGGAGCGCGCUUCCCGCUAGAGAGCGCGCAAGAUCCCGAUGUAGGGAUUAACUCUUUGCAGACCUACCAGCUCAGCGCCAACCCGCACUUUGUGCUCGACGUGCAGACGAGGGUGGAUGGCAGCAAGUACGCAGAGCUGGUGCUAGAGAAGGAGCUGGACAGGGAGGAGCAACGGGAGCUGCGCUUGGUCUUGACCGCGCUGGAUGGAGGCAGCCCACCACGGUCGGCCCACGUGCAGAUCCACAUUGACGUUGUCGACGCCAACGAUAACGCCCCAGUCUUCAACCAGUCCACCUACAAGGCAAGCGUGAGGGAGAACACGCCCAGUGGUACCCUGGUCGCCAGGAUCAGUGCGUACGAUCUGGAUGAUGGGCCCAAUGGAGACAUCGUCUAUUCCUUCAGCAGCCACACACCCGCCAAGGUACGAGAACUCUUUGCUCUGGACUCGGCCACAGGGGAGUUGAGGGUCAAGGGGCAGCUGGACUAUGAGGAAACGAAGCUGUAUGAGAUUUACUUACAGGCUAAAGACAAGGGCGCCGUUCCUGGCGUGGCUCAUUGCAAAGUGCUGGUGGAAGUUGUGGAUGUGAAUGACAACGCUCCAGAGGUGACAGUGACUUCUGUGUACAGCCCCGUGCCUGAAGAUGCAGCCCCAGGGACAGUUGUAGCUCUGCUGAGCGUAACGGACUUGGACUCCCAUGAUAAUGGUCUGGUGAACUGCUUCAUUUCUUCUGGGAUCCCGUUCAUGCUAAGCUCCUCCCUCAAAAAUUACUACACACUGAAAACAAAAGCAGCUCUGGACCGGGAAAAGGCAUCGGAGUAUAACAUCACUAUCACAGCCAGGGACUCGGGCUCACCACCGUUGUCUGCGGUAAAACAGAUCCUGGUGCAGGUGUCAGAUGUCAACGACAAUGCGCCCAAGUCUUCCCAGGACUCCUAUGAUGUCUAUGUGCUGGAGAACAACGUGCCUGGCAUCCCCAUCCUUAACGUGAGCGCCACAGACCCAGACCUUGGGCGUAACGCCCAUCUCUCCUAUACCCUCUUGCAGGGUGACCCCACUGUAGGCCACAUGUUCUCCAUCAACCGGGAGAACGGCACCCUCUACCUGCUCACCUCCCUGGACCACGAGGACCAGGUGGAAUUCAGCAUGAUGGUGCAGGUCCAGGAUGGCGGCUCUCCGCCUCUGGCCACUAAUGUCUCAGUCAGUGUGUUUGUCACUGACCUCAAUGACAAUGCCCCAACUGUGCUGUACCCUCACCCCAACACCACCGCCACCUAUACCGACGUGGUGGCACCAGGCACUCCUGCCGGGCACAUGGUCACCAAGGUGGUGGCGGUGGACGCAGAUGCAGGGUACAAUGCCUGGAUCUCCUAUACCCUGUUGCAGGCCACUGACCCCAGCCUCUUCUCAGUUGGGCUGCACAGCGGGGAGAUCUUCACAGCCCGCCAGCUCCGGGAGGAUGAGCCUCCCCAGCACACACUACUCAUCCUAGACCAUGGGGAGCCUGUGCUGUCCACCAGUGCCACUGUCUCCAUCUCUGUGGCCGAGAUAGUCAAGGAGGUAUUCACUGACCUCACUGAUGUGGCACCUGCCAAUGAUCCCAGGAGGCAUGUGACUUUCUAUCUUAUCCUGGCUGUGAUUUUGGUAUCAGCAGCUUUCUUCAUCACCAUGUUGUCAGUGGGCAUCUUCAAGUGCUACAAGUGGAGGCAGUCAAAGGAGCUGUUCAACAGCUCCAGGAGCACCCUGUACAGGACACCAGGGCCCUUCCACCACAUUGAUGCUGUGCGGGGUGGCUUCACGCCACCCAACUUCUACCACCAGGUCUAUCUCACCACAGACUCUCGCCAGAGUGAUCUCCUGUGUAAAAAGCCCUUCACUUCCAGCCCCCUGGGGAGCCGCCAGAGCACCAUGAGGAAUGGUGAGCCAGGGCUGUACCACCAGAUUGUGGGCACCGCCGGCCGGCUCCCCACCCCUGCCGAGGUAAUGUAG